AUGGUUUCUCUAGCACAGAUACGGGCUUCCAACGCCAAGCUGGCCACAACGCUCCCGCCUGGUCUCGUUGCCGUUUUCGCCGGUGCAACCAGUGGUAUUGGUGAGGCCUCGGCUAAGCAAUUCGCCGAAAAUACUUGCAGACCGCGGAUCUACUUUCUGGGGCGGUCUGAGGAGUCUGGCACACGGAUCCGCGCAGAGCUGCAGAGGCUCAAUGCCGGAGGAGAGUACCACUAUAUCAGCGUUGAUAUCAGUCUGCUUCGUUCCGUGGACGACGUCUGCCGUGAGAUCAAAGAAAAGGAAUCGGUCAUCAACCUGUUGUUCUUGAGUACAGAUACGGACGAAGGACUCAAUUACCCAGUCGCGGUGUCAUAUUACGCCCGCUUCCGCCUCCUCGUCAAUCUCUUGCCUCUUUUGCAGAACGCAACCGAUCUGCGCCGUGUCGUGACCGUUUUUACAGCCACCAAAGAAGGCAAUAUCGACACGAAUGACUUCCAGGCCCGUCACAUUCCCAUGAUGGCCCAGCGCGGCCACUUGAGCUCGUUGACGACGCUAUCUCUCGAAGCCGUUGCAAAGAGUGCCCCAACCGUGUCUUUCGUCCACUGCUUCCCCGGGUUCGUCAAGACCAACUACGGAAGAGACGUACCAGGAGUCGGGGCCGCGAUCUUCCGGGGAGUUCUGUGGGUGCUCUUCCUGUUCAUGGGCCCAUUCCUCGUUACGCCCCUUGGCGAAGUCGGAGAACGCCAACUUUUCCUCGCGACCAGCGCCAGGUUUCCGGGGCGAGGCGAGAGUGGCACUGUUCUUGGCAUUCCGUUGUCGAAAGAUGUCGCGGUAGCACGAGGGACGGACGGGAAGAGCGGCAGUGGCGUGUACUCGAUCGACAGCGAUGCCGAGAGUGCACCGCCCAAGGUAGAGCAACGUUUAGAAAAUUUGAGGAAAGACGGGAUAGCGCAGAAGGUGUGGGCGCAGGUGCAGGAGCAAUUCGUUCGAAUUACUGGAAAUGUUUCUAUAUAG